AUGACCCCGAAGUCCCCCUCCGCCGACUCGGACGUCCCACCCUCCCCGCGUUCAUGGGUGGAGCUGAUGGCCGUGGAGCGUCUCCCCGACGCAGAGAUCGCAGUGCCCGGCACCAGCUCGCCAGAAAAGAUUGAGUGCUUCCGCUCGCUCGCAUCACCGUUUCCCCCAGGCGAGGGCACGCGCUCGUUUGGCGGCCAUGUCUACGCGCAGUCGGCAUAUGCGGCGUCGAAGACGGUGGACAAGGGGUUUAUGAUUCACGAUAUGACCGGAUCGUUUAUAUUAGCCGGCCGCCUAGAUGUGCCGUACAUCUACACAGUGCGGCACAUCCGCGACGGAAAGAUGUACUGCACGCGCUCUGUGGACGCACGACAAAACGGCAAGAUCUGUUUUUCAGGUCUCUGCUCCUUCAAGCGCGACGAGAAGCAGCAAACAUUCGGACACCAGCCGCAGACCGCGCAGCAGCGGUUUGCGCCGAUCCUCAAUGCGAAGCGCGCAGAGGAGCAGCCGCUCAGCCCUAGCGUGGAUGCGGAUUGGUGGAUCGAUGCUGUGAAUCAGGGGAAUAUUGUCGAGCGCGAAUUCCCGGGCCUUGACGUCCGGAAGGUAGAUAUGGAAGACUACAAUUCCUCCCCGGAGGUCAAGGAUCAUCCGGAGAAGUACAGGCAGCUGACGCAGUAUCGGAUGAAAGGGUCCCCGGAUUUAGACCCGUGCGCUACAAUUUCACAGAUCCGGGAACGAGAGGCAGAGGGCGAAUACGAUAAUCUGUACGCCUGCGCACAUAUGUACGCCAGCGACAAGAACUCGCUGCUUCUCAUCCCGCGCGCGCUGGGAAUCAAGCACUGGACCGAGAUGGCGAGUCUGACUCUCAUGGUCAUUGUGCAUCAUUAUGGACCGGCACUCCGGAUGGUGGAUUGGGAUGCUGUUGAUAAGGACAGCGGCAAGGCUGAUCCGCUGAAUCUGCCGAUGAAGUGGUUCGUCCAGGAGAACUGGACUCCGCGGUCUGCGGAGAAUAGGGCCGUGCAUGAGAGUUAUCUGUGGAGUCCUGAUGGGACGUUGCUGGCGACCACCAUACAGGAUAGUAUGCUGCGACUGCGGAGACUCGAUCGGCUGUGA